AUGGAAAUCCCGCUGCUGCUUCAAAAGCUCAUUGGCCCGUAUAUCGCCCGUUCCCGUGAGCUCUCCCACGUGGACCCCGUGAUCUCCUACUUCUGCCAGCUCUACGCUGCCGAGACGAUUCUCGAGCACGGGCUCCACCUUACCAGCAAUGAAGUGGCGAGCUAUGCGGCACAUAUUCUUGACGAUAUCGAAGCUGUCAAGGCGGAGCUCGGGCAGGUGGAGGCGGCCAACAGCAUGCUCAACGACAAGCUGCUUGCCCAUGCCUACGUUGACGCCUUUGCGUUCAAGGUGUUUCACAAGGCCGACACAGAGGUGCGGGAACAACGUAGCUCAAAGGCGACGGUGGCAACUUUCAUGUCCAGCACCGUAUUCUAUACUGUUUCCGGAAUGUUCAAAGUCGGGGACGAGGCCGAGAUUGCGGCAAAGGUGAAGUACGCCAAGUUCCACGCCUCUAGGAUCAUGAAGGCGUUCCGCGAGGGUAGGGACCCGAAUGAUUAUAAGGUGGAAACUUCGGAGAUAAGACAUACCCCCGAGUUGUUUGACUCUAAAGCUGCUAGACCCGGCGGACGGGAAUCUGAACCUGAGGACGAUGUCCCCGAAGCACAUGAAAAUGAGCAUGAUUUCAAGGCGGUGGGUUCUGGGUUUGCUCGAGAUGUUGUGAAUAUUUCACAUCCUGAGUCACUGAUCUCUACCUUUACGGAUCGGCCUGCACAGCCUGCAAUUCCCAAGUUCCUAGACUCUGAUGACGAAACUGUGUCGGUGUUCCCCGCCGCCCCAACCGAACCUGCUAAGACGGUUAUUCCGACAUUUUUAGAGUCAGAUGAGGAAGAACCGAUUCCCGUUAUCUCAAAGGCUGAGCCUCUAGGUCAGCCUGCCCAGCUCAAAAACGUUAAAGAAAUUCUCAGUCUCGACGAGGCCAUCACAAAGGCGCAAAAACACUCGAAAUACGCAAUUUCCGCGUUGAAUUACGAGGAUGUGCCGACGGGGAUAAAAGAGUUGGAAAGCGCGUUGGCGUUGCUAAGGGCAUUGGAAAAAUAG